CUGCUUGUCUGUUCCGUGCAGUGCAUCAUUCCUCUACCGCCCAGCGAAUGUAGGCUACAGCAGUUUGCUCGCUUCGCUGAACUGUCAGUGCGGGCACUUAACCACCCGCAGAAGCGAAAUUCCUCUACGCGUUCAGCAGAACAGCUUACCGGCUGAGAAGAACCACAUUCGGGAGAGAAAUUAAAGCGUCUCGGGGUUCAACGUCCACCAACCAACACAGCAGUAGGAGGAGUCAACAGUGUUUUUCUCUGGUGUGGUGCUGUUCCUCUGACUGUCUGAAGAGAUUUAAGACGGAGAAAUACAGCAGCAGGUCACUGUGUUGGACUGACUCGUCUGGACAGGUUUGACCCGAGAGCAGUUUGUCACCUCUGGAGCACUGCAGCUCAUUUCCUCUUGCGUCACAUCGCACUAGUCCGUCCUGCUGAAACCGGGUGGAUUGGAGUGAGAUCAGAGUAACAACAACCCCAUCAAACAGUGCUGGAAUUUACUGCAUCAACACACUUUUAUUCCAAGAGAACUUUGGGAUUGUAUCCAGAAAGUUACAUAACACCAAAACAAAGAGCGCUACACCUGUGAGCUGUACACUUUGAUCGAAUGCCGUCAUAACCACUCACAAGCACCCUGGAUCACCAAUCAUUAAACUGUUUCUGUCUUACAACCACAACAGCAAGCGCACGCACGGACAAUCACAGACAAAGCUCUCCUAGUUGGAUUACCAAAAGUAGCUCAUGAUGGGAAAGUAGACAUCCGGCAACACGGAUAGCCUGCACAGAGGUCUGGGACUCAGUGUUGUUUCUGAGCGUGCCAUGUCUGGAAACGGCAACCCAUGCCCCAGCCCCGGAGGUCUGGGCACCCAUUUAGGGGGCUUCCCUAUGCCGCACUACCCUUACUUCUUUCCUCAUAUGCUAGGAGGGCUCUCCCCUCCAGCGCUUCCAGGACUUCCUGUCAGUGGAUACAGCACUCCAUCUCCUGCAACUGUGGAGACCCAGAGCACAAGCUCAGAAGAGAUCGUACCCAGCCCACCUUCUCCACCACCACCACCACGGGUCUACAAGCCCUGUUUCGUCUGCCAGGACAAGUCCUCGGGCUACCACUAUGGAGUUAGCGCAUGUGAAGGGUGCAAGGGCUUUUUCCGAAGGAGCAUUCAGAAGAACAUGGUGUACACCUGUCACAGAGAGAAGAGCUGUAUCAUCAACAAGGUCACCCGAAACCGCUGCCAGUACUGCCGACUGCAGAAGUGCCUGGAAGUAGGCAUGUCUAAAGAAUGUGAAGCUGUUCGGAAUGACCGAAACAAGAGGAAGAAGGAAGAGAAGAAGCAGGAGUGUUCGGAGAGUUACGUCUUAAGUCCUGAUACAGAGCAGAUGAUCGAGCGGGUUAGGAAGGCCCAUCAGGAAACCUUCCCCUCCCUGUGCCAACUGGGCAAAUAUACCACGAACAACAGUGCAGACCAAAGGGUUUCUCUGGACGUUGACCUGUGGGACAAGUUCAGUGAACUCUCCACCAAAUGCAUUAUUAAAACGGUGGAGUUCGCCAAGCAGCUGCCGGGCUUCACCACGCUCACUAUCGCAGACCAGAUCACCCUGUUAAAGGCCGCCUGUCUCGACAUCCUGAUUCUGCGAAUAUGUACACGUUACACACCGGAUCAGGACACCAUGACGUUUUCAGACGGUCUGACACUGAACCGCACGCAGAUGCACAACGCUGGCUUCGGUCCACUGACAGAUCUGGUUUUCGCUUUUGCCAACCAGCUCCUGCCUCUGGAGAUGGAUGAUGCAGAGACGGGGCUUCUCAGCGCCAUCUGUCUGCUGUGUGGAGAUCGGCAGGAUCUGGAGCAGUCGGAUAAAGUGGAUGUACUUCAGGAGCCUCUGCUGGAGGCCCUAAAGAUCUACGUCCGAAAGAGGAGGCCUCAUAAACCACACAUGUUCCCCAAGAUGCUAAUGAAGAUCACAGACCUGAGGAGCAUCAGCGCUAAAGGAGCCGAGCGAGUAAUAACUCUGAAAAUGGAGAUUCCCGGCUCCAUGCCUCCACUCAUUCAGGAGAUGCUGGAGAAUUCGGAGGGUCUAGAGGGUGGCGGCGGGGCGAGAGGAGGAGGAGGAGCCCCACCAGGAAGCUGCAGUCCCAGUUUGUCUCCCAGCUCAACACACAGCAGCCCCUCAGCUCACUCCCCGAGUCUCACCUCCAGACAGGGCUCCGUACAGAAUGAAACUGGUUCGAAACCAGAAAUAAGCCACAGCCAACCAGCGCCAGAAACCAGAAUUUCGGUAGACUUUGAUCCGGGCUGACCGGACCCAAACCAUACCGUAAAUCUGGCCGGCUUUCAUUAGCUGAAGACCAACUGAGUUACACACAGGCCGAGUCUGCUCAGAACUCACAGUGUCAUUAAAACCACCAGUGAUUCAGUGACUGCCAGAGCCCUGCAGCUUUUCACAUGGCGGUAGUUUGUGAAAACGGCAGAACAAAUGCCCUGUGUGUGCAGAAGCAGCUCCUUACUGUGUCUUCCCAGCUCUGCUCCCAUCACACAAACUGUGAAGGCCCAGGGAAGAUCUCUUCUUCAUCUGAGGGACUCAUUCUCUUGGGCCUGUGAUGAUAUUUUAUAUAUUUCAAUCCCUUAAAGCAAGCUUAAGGAUGUUAGGACGUCAAAUGUCCACAAGUCAGGGACAUUUUGAACUUUCCAGCUGUUUGGUUCUGUUUCUUUGUUUUCUUACAAAAAGAUAUAUGAAAUCUAUAUUGACAGAAAUAUAAGAUUUGAAUCUUGUGUCUUAGGUGGAAUGCAGAACAAUACUUAUCUUUUCUCUGGAGAGUUAAACCCGGUUAAGGUUGACCCACUAUCAUGUUCACGUCAUGCACAAGGGCACGUCACGCUAGCACUGAAAACGAUGCGUGUACUUCAAGAUGUGAAGUACGUUGGGGUUAACAAGCAGUUUUGUCCAGUGAGGAAAUUAUUUGGAGACGUAUUCACGAUGAUCAACUUGGCAGUUGUGGCAAAGAAAUGAAGGAUCUCAUGGAAACAAGCAGCUUGUAACUUAUGUGUAUGAGAUCUCAGAUUUUAAGGAGUGGUAAAUGCCUUUGUGUAGCUUUUUAAUAUUGUUUCUUAAUUUACUUUUAAUUUUGUAAUUGUUAACUGUCGAAAGACACACAGACCCCCUCUACACAGUAUUAGCAAAUUAUUAAAUAAAAAAUGAGAUUUCCAAACAUAAUGACUCAAAGAAUACAAGAUGUAUUUUUAGCUAAAUGCCCACAAGAAUGUCAUGUCAUUUCAGAAAUACUGAGAAUGUUGUAAUUGAGCAUUUCACACAGAACGUCAUGCCUUUUUUGCCUGCACCUCAGUCUUGAAGCUCUGUUAUUGGUAGACUUGUUUCUAAUCAUCUGUCAUGUUUUAGCUGUCACGUGUGCUGAGAUGCUUCCACCGCUGCGUCCUUCUCCUCUGUACCUUACAACAUCACUGCCUCUGCUCUCCUGCAACAAUCAUUGAACAAUUGUCAACAACAACACUGCCUCUGUAUGACAAUCACUUUAAGUAAAGCUCACAAACAACUUUGCCUAUGUAACACACACUGAUCCAUGCCAGACAUCUGGAUUCAUGAGGCCGCUAGCCUAGUUUUUUUUUUUUUUUUAUAGGUCUAAAAACAACAAACAAGUGCUGAAUUCACUUUUAUGGUUGUCUAGAAAUGCUUUAUUAAAGUAAGACCUUGUUUCGACAUUUCUAAGAAUGUAGCAUUAGUCUUCUCGGAAUUACCAGAGACAUUUGUCAUCAUUUACUCAUCCUCACUUAAUUCCAAAUCAGUAUGAACCUUUUUUGGGUGUGUGUUCAGCAGAAGACAGUCAGUCAUGAAGGUUUGCAAUAACAGGAUUUUUCAGUUUUGUGAUUUAUCCCUUUAAAAACAUUAGCUCAAAGUAAGAAUACAAGUACAUUUGGGAGGCUCCAUACAAUUUAGCUCUGGCGGAUCAGUGUCAGCAUAUCAUUAUUAUACCAGUUUACAACAGCUCUGCCUCUGCUAAACCCGUCGCCAUGAACCUUUGAACAGUGCAGUAGGCUGAAAUAGUUUCAUUUUUAACACGCUCUUCUGAGAGUGUAUUGUGAACCGUUUCACUGCAACUAUGCACACGAUAUACACAGAGCUUAAGUCUAUUCACUUCUAUUUACCUGUUGUGAAAAGCCUCUUCCAGUCGCUCAGUACUGUUCGUUUCAUUUGAUUUUGCAUUCAGUCGCUGCCCAAAGGUUCAUUGCUUUUGAGCUGUACUGCAUCACAGACCUCGACGGGCCUCUUCUCUCACUCAAAGGAUGACAGAGAUCUACACGACGUACAGCACAAAUCCUGUACUGCUUUAACAGUUGUUAUACAGUCAAACGCACAAAAAUGUUUCUGUUGUGUCAGGUCCCUGAAUGAUGAGAUUAAUGUUUAAUAAAGACUUCUGUUUUGUGUGGUUCUGAC